AUGAAGGUUUCCGCUGCUGCUGCUCUCUUGGUCGGCCUCGCCGCCGCCGGUCCCCUUGAACAGAGGCAAAGCUGCCCAAAAGUUUAUAUUUUCGGUGCCCGUGAGACUACUCAGCCUCAGAGCAACGGAUACGGCACUGCUGCUGGCCUCGUCAACUCUGUCAAGUCGGCAUACCCUGGCGCUGGCUCUGAGGCCAUUGUCUACCCUGCCUGUGGCGGUGGAUCCGCUUGCGGUGGAAUCAGCUACGACAACUCGGCUUCCCAAGGAACUCAGGCUGUUGUCAAGGCCGUGACCUCCUUCAACCAGAGAUGCCCCGACUCCCAGAUUGUCCUCAUCGGAUACUCCCAGGGUGGCCAGAUCAUGGACAACGCCUUCUGCGGCGGUGCAGGCUCUACUCUCAGCGGUGCCGCCCUCAAGGCCGUCAAGGCCGCCAUCUUCAUGGGUGACCCACACAACCGUUCCGGUCUCCCCUACAACGUUGGUACCUGCAAGGCCCAAGGCUUUGCCGCCCGUCCCUCAGGCUUCACCUGCUCCCCCGGCAGCAGCAGCCUCAUCCAAAGCUACUGCGACUCGCAGGACCCCUACUGCUGCAACGGCAACGACGCAAACCACCACCAGCAAUACGUCAGCAUCUACGGCAGCCAGGCCCUUGCUUUCAUCAAGAGCAAGGUCACUGCUUAA